AUGAGCACGACAGUGGCCUCGCUCCGCCACUUUUUUUCGCAUGAACGGGCCGCACGAUGGCUUCGGUUCGGGACUCUGUCCCUGAGCUUGGCUGGAUCGCAGGUCAUUUGGAGCUUGGAACUGGCCUAUGGCACGCCCUAUCUUCUGACGAUUGGGCUGUCCAAGGAAGCCACAGGCUACGUAUGGAUGGCAGGGCCAUUGAGCGGCCUUGUCAUCCAGCCCAUCUUGGGUGCUAUCUCCGAUGCAUCUACAUCGCAGUACCGUCGACGAAAGUACAUCGUCGGUUCUACUGUGUGUGUGACGUUGGCCACAUGUAUGGUCGCCUUUUCUGAACCACUCUCGACCCUGAUUCUUGAUCUGCUGGGCCUUGGUCUGGGCGACUGGGAUCCUGUGCGUCAUGAGCGCAUAAAGUUCCUGACCCAGUUCUUCAGUGUGUUAGGCUUCUGGGUGCUGAACUUUGCCAUCAACGGUCUGCAGGUGAUUGCGCGUGCUUUGAUUCUCGACAGCGCUGCGGCGUCCGAGCAGAACGAGGCCAAUGUCUGGCAUGGCCUUAUGCUCCAUGUUGGUAAUAUUAUCGGGUACUGGUGCGGCUACGAGGAUCUGGCGUCCUGGUCGAUCUUGGCCUGGCUCGGCGGUGGCCAGUUCCGCCGCUUUGCGAUGCUGAGUUUGGUGUGCAUGAUCGUCUGUGUGGCCAUUACCUGCAUCACGACCAAAGAAUCGAGUGUACAUACCCCUCCUGGCCAGAAUCACAGUGCUUGGCACAACGUCAAGGCAUCCGUUCGCCAGAUCUGGCAAGUAGGCCGAACCUUGCCACUGUCGAUUCGACGUGUGUGCUACGCGCAACUUCUCGCGGCUAUGAGCUGGUUCCCCUUUUUGUUUUACGGCACGACGUUUGUGCUCGACAUGGCGGAAGGAAAGUCCAAACGUAAGACGGAACGUGCAGAAAAGCACGGUAGCUUGGCGCUCCUUGUGUUUGCCAUCAUUGCGUUUGUGUGUGGCUUGGUCCUCCCAUCUCUAUCGAUUGCUGGCAAGGUCGACGUCGACCACCAUAUCGCCGCGCAGGACAUGGUAGAUGAUAGCGUAUCGAUGCCGCGGCCGCCGCCAGCGCACCCACGGGGUCUCUGCUUGCAUACGAUUUGGACCAUUGGCGCUUUGGUCCAGGCUCUCCUGUUGAUGGCCUGCUUCUUCGUGCGUACAGAAAAGCAGGCGAUGCUUGUGCUUAUGCUGUUGGGCAUCCCGUGGAGUGUGUGGAUGUGGGUCCCCUAUGCCAUGAUCGGCGAGUUCGUGCGCGAGGCAGAAGGAGGCGGGAAACUGCUGACCGUCGCUGACGAUCAACGAUCGGCGCAACGCAUUAUGGACUUGCAGCGCUCGUCUACGCACAGUGAAUCAGAUCCGCUUCUGCCCAAACGGCAUGGAUCGAGUAGUGCGACAGCAGGACGGCGCAAUGUCUCUGGCUCACAGCCGCCUUCCAUUGUCUCGCGAGGCCGUGAGGUGGUCCGGUCGAAUGGAGAGAUGUCGCAGGAAGACAGUGCCUGUGGCGGCACUGUGCUUGGUAUUCACAACAUGGCCAUUGUCAUCCCGCAAUUCCUCACAUCUCUUCUUAUGUCGUUUAUUUUCCGAUUUACAAAGGAAAGUCAGCACAAUGUCAAGUGGGUGUUGGUCCUUAGCGGCGUCAUGUCCUUAGGCGCUGCCUUCCUGAUUCGGUUUGUGCCUAUGACACUAUCGGAGCGGAUGGUAUUGUCGACUGGGCCCACAUCGCACUUGGCGCAUGAAGAUCCUGAAAGCGCUCAUUGA